UAAGGUAUGGGACAAGAACUGGCUCUGUCGAGUCAAGUUUUCAUCAAAGAACAGACCUGGGUGGAUUGAGAUCUGUCAUCUCCGACUCUAGAUAUUCCGUUGAGGAAUCAACACAUUUUGUAAGCAUUUGACCCCAUUUUGAGGACAAAAUAUGAUCUUCAUUUCUGCUGAAAAACUACAUUUUGUUCUUUAUUUGUCAAUAGGUCUACUGAGUCUACCGCUGCUUACAGAAUGUGAAAAAAUUAGGCUGGUUGGGCCUUCACGUUGCUCUGGUAGAGUGGAGGUCUACCACAGAGACAGCUGGGGAACAGUGUGUGACGAUCGCUGGAGCAUUGCCAGUGCUGACGUGGUGUGUCGAGAGUUAAACUGUGGGACAGUUCUUGAGGCCAAAAAAGGUGCCUUCUUCGGGCAGGGAAAGGACGAGAUUUGGCUGGAUGAUGUUCAGUGUACCGGCCUUGAGACUUCCCUCCUCAACUGCCCACACAAACCAUUCGGGGAAAAUAACUGCGGCCAUGGUGAAGACGCUGGGGUUGUCUGUUCAGAGCAUGUCAGGGUGGUCAAUGGAAGCAACCGGUGUAAUGGCAGAGUGGAAGUCUAUUUUGAUGGCCACUGGAAACGGGCAUGCAACAGUGACUGGGGCAAGGAAGAAGCCGACGUGGUGUGCCGAGAAAUUAGCUGUGGCACUCCUGUCAUUCAGACUAUAGCGCCAAAUUUCGGAGAGGCACAUAACCUGCUUGGAGUCAAAACCACCUGUCUUGGAAAUGAGACCUCUAUUUCAAAAUGUGAACUUCAAGAUUUCAAGGAAACCUGUCUUGAUGCUACUAUUUUCUGUACAAACAGUAAACCAAUUCGUCUGAUGAAUGGUACUAAUCGGUGCUCGGGUCGAGUGGAAGUCUACCAUGACGGACAGUGGGGAACAGUUUGUGAUGACAGAUGGGGGAUGCAGGAAGCAACUGUAUCAUGCCGAGAGAUGAACUGUGGGAAUGCCCUUGCAGUCAAGUACAAGGCCUUCUACGGCAGAGGCCAGGAACAGGUUUGGCUGGACGACAUCGAGUGUACUGGUCUUGAGAAGUCACUUGCUGACUGUCCUCACAGAGGUUUUGGAGAACAUGACUGUGACCACAAUGAGGAUGCUGGUGUUGAAUGCUCAGCAACACUCAGGCUGAGCAAUGGGACUGACCAAUGUUCUGGCAGAGUGGAGGUCUUCCACAAUGACCGGUGGGGGAAAAUUUGUAAUAAUAACUGGGGCCUUAAAGAGGCUACGGUGGUGUGUAAGGAACUCAGUUGCGGAACUCCUAAAAAAUACCAAGAAAAGUUCAACUUUGGUGACAGUGGACUGAGAGGGUUUACAGGUAGUUGCUCUGGCAAUGUGAGCUCUAUCAGCCAGUGCGCACUUCAAGAUUACACAGGGACAUGUACUGGUGUUUCCAUUUCAUGCACAGGUAAUCCACCAAUAAGGCUUGCCAAUGGCACUGACCGAUGCUCUGGCAGAGUGGAGAUUCUUCAUAACGGCCAGUGGGGAACAGUAUGUGAUGAUGACUGGGACUUUAGGGAUGCUGAAGUGGUGUGCAGAGCCAUGGACUGUGGAUCAGCUCAGACAGCCAAAGCGAGUGCUUUCUUUGGUCAAGGCCAAGGAGACAUCUGGCUGGAUGACGUCAACUGUAUUGGGAAUGAGUCGUCCCUUGUGCACUGCCAACAUCCCUCCUUUGGAGAGAAUAACUGUGGCCAUGGUGAAGAUGCUGGUGUAGUGUGUUCAGCUACCAUUAGAGUGAUCAAUGGGACUAACCAGUGCUCAGGCAGGGUGGAGGUUCACCAUGGUGGCCACUGGUCACCAGCAUUUAAUCUUAACUGGGGAAUGAAUGAAGCCACAGUGGUGUGCAGAGAGAUGAAUUGUGGAGAUCCUGUCAAGGUCACAGGGUCAUUUGGUCAAGGCGAUGAUCUGAGAGGGUAUCAGGUCAUUUGCACAGGUAGAGAGACCUCUCUCACACAGUGCUCGCUGAGAGAAUAUGUCGCAACCAGCCGCAAUCAUGUUGAAGAAGCAGCUGUUGAAUGUACAGGCAAUGUGAGAUUGGCCAGUGGGCCCAAUCGCUGUGUUGGAAGAGUGGAGUUUUACGACAAAGGCCAGUGGGGGAAUGUGUGUGGCGAUGCCUGGGAUAUGAAUGAUGCCACAGUGGUGUGCAGACAGAUCAACUGCGGGAGGGCUCACAAGAUUACCACCAUGGCUGAUUAUGGGCACGGCACAGGACAGACCUGGAUCGAUCAAAUUGAAUGCAAUGGAUUGGAGUCUACACUGACUCAAUGCCCACAAAGACCAUUUAGAGACAAAAUUUGUAACAUCACCUCAGUUGCUGGUGUUGUCUGCACAGGAAGUUUGGAGGUCCGGUUGGUUAAUGAUAAGGACGAGUGCUCUGGCAGAGUAGAGGUCCGUCAUGGUGCGAUAUGGCAAACAGUGUGUGACGCAGACUGGAACCUGAGUAAAGCUCAGACAGUGUGUGGGCUGCUGGAGUGUGGACAUGCUGUGAACGCUCCUGGCAGUGCCACUUUUGGACAGGGCAGUGGAUCAGUAGUGGAGGCUAGCCAAUCAUGUUUUGACAACGUGACCUCUCUUCAGCAAUGCGCGGUGAGAGGUUUCAGAACAGCGAGGUGUGGGCAUGAACGAGAUGCUGGUGUUCUCUGUGCAGCACAGCUUCGUUUGGUCAAUGGUGCAGAUAAAUGCUCCGGUAGAGUUGAGAUUCACUAUAAAGGCCAGUGGGGGACUGUGUGUGAUGAUGAAUGGGAAAUGAGCAAUGCGGAUGUGGUGUGUAGACAACUUGACUGCGGUCACGCAAUUUCUGCUCCUAUAAGUGCCCACUUUGGUCGAGGCAGUGGUCCAAUAUGGCUGGAUAAUGUGGAGUGUUCAGGCCAAGAGGCUGCUCUCACACACUGUUCUCAUCCCGGGUUUGGAGAAAAUAACUGUGGGCACGGUGAAGAUGCAGGUGUUAUCUGUUUAGGUGCUCUACAGAAACCCCAAAUCUCUUUGAGUCCUUCUUCAGAGGUAAACUGGGGUGACAGAGUUGAAAUCACCUGCACUAUCGUAACAGAACACUCAGGAGGAACAUUCGUCCUGAAAAAGACCCAUGAAUCAUUUAAAAUGGAAAAAUUCUCUGAACACGAAGCUGUAACCUUUGCCUUCCCUUCAGUGGACUUCAACCUGAAGGGGUCAUACUUUUGUGAAUAUCACAAGAAAUUGCCCGAUCAAGUCAUCUAUUAUCCUCAAGGAGAAAUCGCAGAGCUCUCUGUUAUAGUGAAUCUGGAAAAGCCCACCAUCUCGCUGACCUCUCCUCAUGCAAUGGUGAUCUACAGCCCUGACAAAAUAUCGGUCAACCAAGGCAGCACUCUCUCCAUCACUUGUUCUACCCAUUCCAGAUAUCCUGAUGGGGUCUUCCAUCUGAGAGAGUCUACCAUGAACAUCACUGAAAUUAAGCCAGCAUUUGGACACUCUAUAUUCUACCUGGCGUACUUUGAAAUCCUUGCAGUAGAUCCUAAAAACCAAGGAGAGUAUACCUGUGUCUAUAAUGUUAACAUCUCCUCGUUGUCCUUCAGUUCUGUUCCGUCAAAGUCACUCCAAGUUACUGUAGUCGCAACCUCAUCAUCUUCAGUUGUUGGAGGACUUGUGGGUGGUCUAGUGGUGUUGCUACUAGUGCUGGUUAUAGUCUACCUGGUCUGGAGAAGGAGGUGGCGCGGUGCGGGUACCAUGGUUCAGUUUAGUAGCCGGUUUGGAGGAGCAAUAAAACAAGACAGGGAAGAAAGAAGCAAUGGAGCACUCGAUGGAAGGGACCGCAAUACCUGUGUGAAUGAGUAUGUUGGACAGAGUGUCGGCCCAGAGGACAAGAGUGCGGAUGUUGAUUUUGAUAACUCUGUCGAGAGAGUCCCUGAGGACCUGGCUGGGAGAGUCUGUUAUGAGCUUGAACCACUCGUUGUUUCGUGAUGACAAAAUGACUCAAGGAAUAACCUGUGUCAUGUGGUUUCACUUAAGUUAAAGAGUAACGCAAACACCGGGCUAAAAAGCAGUGUUUCUCUGGUUAAAAGUUUCAUUUCUGUUGCACUUGUAGCUACACCUACCAGUAAUGUGGUGGUGUAUUGAUACACCCUGGGGUUCACCUCUACACUGCAGCAGCAAGUUUGGAAGUUGAAGUCAGCAAAAAACAUCAUCUGGUGUUGUGAUUGCUCUUUAAGGUCGACCAUAGGAACAUUAGGGACCUGUGUUGAUUGUGUUUUUACAGUUCUUUUUAAGUAAACAAAUAAUUCAGUAAAUCUACCAACUUCAUGUUUCCUCAAAAAGAUAAAAAAAAUGUACUUUGCAGAAAUUGAAAAUGUAAUUUUAAAUAGCAUAUAUGAUGCCGUCUUGAUAAAGUUUCCCUGUAACACUUAUACUUAUUCCUGUAGUGAUUUUUUUUUUCUGGGAAAUUCUGCCGAUCACAAGGCUAAGGUUCACGGCCCUGUUGAAAUGUAAUGAUCAUGAAAUACACCUUUGCUUUGCUUUUUACAUUGUCUUUGUACUGCAUGAUAAUUUGCUUUGUUCUUGGUGUGUUUGAGUGCUGAUCAAUAAAUUUGUAUUUCUUACAACAA